AUGGCUGCUUCCACAGCGAUGUCCGCCGGCCGCAUGCGCCUGGUGCAGCAGCUUUGCGUUCCAGCCCGCACAACUUUCACUCGAACGUCAAGCUCCUUCGUACGAUCCUUCGCCUCCACCUCUCUCCUUGGCAAAGACGGCGACGAACCACAAGGUCAUCUUCCCGGCCACCCUUCCUCCGUCUUCCUCACCUCUCUCAACGACAGCUUCUUCGACCGAGUCAAACCCAAAACUCUCUCCGGCAACGCCAACGCUCAAGGCGGCAUCCCAACCUACCGUCUCAUGGACGGUGUCGGCCGCCUCCUCCCUGGUGUCACCGAUGAAAUGGUCAACAUCACCCAAGCCGAAGCCGUCAAGAUGUACCGCACCAUGCUCCUCCUUCCCCAAAUCGACGUCAUUCUGUACAAUGCUCAACGACAAGGUCGUAUCUCGUUCAUGAUGACUUCCUAUGGCGAAGAGGGCGCUGUGAUUGGUAGUGCAGCAGGGCUGGCGUUGCAAGAUGAAGUGUUUGCCCAGUACAGAGAAUCAGGGGUGUUGCUUUGGAGGGAUUUCUCGAUUGAUCAUUUCAUGUCGCAGGUGUUUGGUGCUGAAGAUGAUUUGUGUGGUGGCAGACAAAUGCCGAUUCAUUUUGGUAGUACUAAGCAUCACUUCCAUACCAUCAGUAGUCCCUUGGCUACACAGAUUCCUCAAGCCGCAGGGGCCGGAUAUGCGCUCAAGAGGACAAAGGGAAGAGAAGGGAAUGUGGUCAUUUGUUACUUUGGUGAAGGUGCAGCGAGUGAAGGUGAUUUCCAUGCUGGUAUGAACCUCGCUAGCACUACUAAGAGCCCGGUUAUCUUCUUCGUCCGAAACAACGGCUACGCCAUCUCCACCCCCGCCUCGGAGCAGUUCCGAGGAGACGGCAUUGCCUCUCGUGGUCCAGGCUACGGAAUGCUCACCAUCCGUGUGGACGGUAACGACGCUCUCGCCGUCCGAUCCGCUGUUCAAUCCGCAAAAGCCAAAGCCCUCUCUGAGCAACGACCCGUUCUGAUCGAAGCGAUGACCUACCGUGUCGGCCACCACUCGACCUCGGACGACUCUUCCGCCUACCGAUCCAAGCAGGCCGUUGAGAGCUGGAAGCAGAUGGAUAACCCCUUGCACCGCAUGCGCAACUUUUUGACCGAUCGAGGAUGGUGGAAUGACAAGCUCGAAGAGGAGACCAAGGUGCAGCACCGUAAGUUAGUCAUUGAGGCGAUGGGUAGGGCUGAGAAGAAGAAGAGACCGCAACUGAGCAGUCUCUUUGAAGGAACUUACAGGGGCGAGAUGCCUGGCAACUUGAAGGAACAGCGGAAGGAGCUGGCGCUGUUGAUUGAAAAGUAUGGUGCUCUGCCAGUAUGGUCGAAGGAGCUGGCGAAACAUGCUAAUGCUGGGAAGGAUAUGGAGCAGUAUCGUGAAGACAAGGCUUAG